AAUUUAAUUAUUGCAGAAUGGAACAUUUCAAUUCAAAGAGUAUGACUUUAUUGUAGCUCAUGCAAAUAUUUUAUCCGAUUUAUUAUUAAUUAGAGGAUUAUUGAAAAAGAAAUUUCCAAACAUGAGAAUAGGUAGUUUGGGUACUGAUAUGAACAAACUUGUUACAAAAUUCAAAAAUGGAAUUGGGUAUACUGCAAUACCUCAUAAAAUUUUCAAAGAAUAUGGUCAAAUUAAUGUGACUUUUGGCUUGCUUGAUAUGGAUAUAAAAUAUUUGGAAGAAAACUUUCGUGCAUUAAUAAAUGAUAUUGAAGUAAUGAAGCCACGUAAUGAUGCAUCAUUUAUUGUAAGAAUUCAAAUUAGAAGUGAACUUUCUGAUGAAUCUCUUGCAAUUAAUUAUCAAGAUUAUAUUACCACAAAAACUGAUAAAAAAACAAACGAAGAAGAAAUAGAUGAAACAGCAAUUAUUGAUACGCAAUAAUUAUUUAAUGUAUAUAAAUAAAAUUAUAUUUAAAAAUGA